AUGAUGGAUGGACUACUAACACCAAAACUCAAUGAGCCAUUUACAGACCGGGCCCCACACACUAACCUGGAACAACGGCUCGACAAACUCUUCACCCGCUUCUGGGCGCAACUGGAGGCGAGAGCCGAGUCCACACAAGCACAGGGCAGGAGGAGACCACGAGGGGGAGAGGAGUCAGUGAUGCAGGUGCAUCCUCCGGGCGCGCGUACCCACCAAGCCUUAA